AUGGACGACACCGCGGAGGCAGACCGGCUGCUACAGGAUACGGAUGACGCCGAGGGGGUAGAUGAACAUCUGCAUAUCAGUCCUUAUCCAUCGUCAUUGGAUAGUGAAGUACAGGAUGGCGUCCGCAAGAUAGAAGCUAUCAGCAAGACAUGGACACAGAGGUCUUUAGUAAUUGCAUAUCUUGGGAUUAUGCUUAUGGCGUUCUGCACCUCCCUUGAGGUCCAAACAGUGGCCUCCCUAACUGCCUAUGCUACAAGCUCCUUUAGCAAACACUCCCUCAUUUCAACAGUCCUGGUUAUACAAAAUGUGGUUAAUGCUGUCAUAAAACCACCCAUGGCCAAAUUUGCAGAUGUCUUUGGUCGCUUUGAGGCAUUCUGUAUCGCUGUUUUUAUCUAUGUUCUUGGGUACAUACAGAUGGCUGCUUCACAAAACGUUGAGACCUAUGCCUCUGCCCAGAUAUUUUACUCUGCAGGAUCUACUGGACUGCAGAUAUUACAGCAAGUUUUCAUUGCAGAUAGUAGUAACCUGCUGAACCGAGCAAUAUUUGCUAAUCUUCCGGAUAUACCCUUUUUAUUUACCGUUUGGCUCGGACCGAUGAUUGCAUCUUGGGUGCUCAAGCAACUUAAUUGGAGGUGGGGAUAUGGCAUGUGGGCUGUACUUCUGCCGUCGGCAUUCCUCCCCUUGGCUUUAUCAUUAUACAUCAACCAGAGGAAGGCCCAGAAAUUGAACCUGCUAAAGUCCAAACCAUGGAAGGGUAAAGGCUUGAAGAAGGUGCUUCGCAGCGCAUGGUUUGAGUUGGAUGUAUUUGGUCUGAUUUUACUUUCUGCGGCGGUGACCUUGAUUCUUGUCCCCCUGACUUUGGCUGCCCAUGCAAAGGAUACCUGGCGGAACGGAGGUAUCAUUGCCAUGAUUGUUAUUGGAGGCGUAUGCUUGAUAGCAUAUCCGUUCUGGGAGACAUCCAAACGCCUUGCACCGCACCCCUUGCUAUCAUUGGGCCUCCUCCGCCAGAGAUCAGCCCUUGCUGGAUGUGCAUUGGCUUUCUUCUACUUUAUGGCUUUUUAUUUCUCUGUUCAGCCUUAUUUCUACUCUUACCUGCAAGUGGUGCAAGGAAAACCUGUUGUCAUCGCGGGGAGAAUCACCCAAACCUUCUCUUUCAUGUCCACAAUUGCAGCCCUCGCCGUCUCCUUCAUGAUUAAAUACUCAAAACGAUACCGUCCGUUUGUUACUUUCGGCUGUGUCGUUUACAUCCUCGGACUGGCCUUGAUGCUGCUCACUCACAAGUCUGGAAAGUCCACACUACAAAUACUUGUCGUCCAAUCCAUUAUUGGUCUAGGUGGUGGACUCGUUAAUGUCCCCGUUCAACUCGGUGUACAAGCUUCAGCAAAUCACCAACAGGUAGCUGCAGCUACUGCUAUGUUUCUCACUGCCCUCGAAAUGGGCGGAGCUGUGGGGUCUGCUGUAUCAGGUGCCAUCUGGACUAGUUAUUUACCACAUAAACUAGUGAAAUAUCUCCCAGAUGAAACAAAGGGAGAAGCUACUGAAAUCUUUGGAAAGUUGACCAAAGCCCUAUCAUACCCAAUGGGCUCGCCAACUAGGGAUGCCAUUAUUCGCUCUUAUGAAGAAACUAUGCAGAUUCUUUUGACUAUCGCCCUUUGCGUUUGCAUACCUUUGAUCCCUUUGAGCUUGCUCAUGAAGAACUAUGAGCUUGAUAAGGUCGAUCAAAGAGUCAAGGGCAAAUUGAUAGGAAACAUUGGUGAUAGCGAGGAUGCAUCUCCUGUAACCCCAGAGUUAAGUGCAUUCCCUCCUCCCAACCUGAGGCCGACGAAACGACGCUCCCACCACCAUCUCCGGCCUUGA